AGGAAUGGAAUCUCCUGGCGUCCCAUCAUGCUUACCAACAACGACACGACAAGAUGGCGGACGUAAUUUUCUGAAUUUAGAGCAGUUUUCCUGUCAAUAACUUCCAUUUCCUGGGACAAAUUCCACAUGUAUCUCCCAAACCAUAACCUCUGAAUCUUCCCAAGGAAAUACUGAAGUGCAUGGCCACAGCGCUCUAACCCCAGCCGCUAAUCGUGCCCCGCCCCUGCGCUUGGGAUGGCCAGACGCACUAAUCCCAACCGCCAAUACGACAGCUGCAGCAGUGAUAGUGAUUUUUCGGACUGCGACGAGAGACAAAAGAAAGUUUGUGGUAGCAGACUGUACAGUUCUCCUCGACCCAAGGUAAACACGAACUCCAAAUUGAGCAAGAUGAACGUCGGCGAUCCAUCCAACCCUCGCAACUGUCAGCCGCCAUCUUGCCUGAAGAACGCCGUGGCCCACGUAGCACAGAACGCUGCAGCAGCCGCUGGUGGAACAGUGGCCAGGAACCAGCAGUCAGUGGUCUACACAACAAAAGGUUCAGAGAAGAUCACCUUGGUCGUGGACCAGACCAGAUUCGUGGUGGAUUCUAAUCUGUUUGCCAGCCACCCUGAAACCAUGCUGGGCAGGAUGUUUGGUACCAGGGAAAAUGACCUAGUCCGUCCCAAUGACAAGGGAGAGUACGAUGUAGCAGAUGGAAUGUCAGCCAGUGUCUUUAGAGCCAUUCUGGAUUACUACAAGUACGGGCAGAUCCGCUGUCCCCCGGACGUGUCUAUCCAGGAGUUACGGGAGGCCUGUGAUUAUCUGCUGGUGCCGUUUGACUGUGACACCAUCAAAUGUGUCAACCUGCGGGGCCUUCUGCAUGAGCUGUCUAACGAUGGUGCCCGGGAGCAGUUUGUCAUGUUUCUGGAGGAGCUCAUCAUGCCCAUCAUGGUGCAGUGUGCUCAGAAAGGAGACCGUGAGUGCCACAUCGUAGUCCUGACAGAUGAUGAUGUGGUGGACUGGGACCAGGAGUACCCCCCACAGAUGGGAGAGGAGUAUUCACAAAUAAUCUACAGCACAGCAAUGUACAGAUUCUUCAAGUAUAUAGAGAACCGAGACGUGGCCAAGGCAGUACUGAAGGAGAGAGGACUGAAGAAGAUCAGACUAGGUAUCGAGGGCUACCCAACAUACAAGGAGAAAAUCAAAAAGAGACCAGGGGGCAAGCCUGAAGUGAUUUACAACUACGUCCAGCGCCCGUUCAUCCGCAUGUCGUGGGAGAAGGAAGAGAACAAGAGCCGCCAUGUCGACUUCCAGUGCGUGAAGAGCAAGUCCAUCACGAACCUCGCGGCGGCGGCGGCCGACACGCCCGCAGACCAGGCCAUCGUGCAGCAGAACGCGCCCGCACAAGAGGAGGAACCGGAGGGCGCGGUGGGCGGGUCCCCCCCUCCCAUGCCGCUUAGUGUAGAGCCAUACCCCACUGUGCAGUUACCUAUAGAAUGAUCUAAAACUGUGGACACUUUUGUUUAGAAAGACAAUGGGAAUUUGGAACAUCUAAUUAACCAUACUGGAUACUACUAUUACUACUACAAGAAGGAAGUACAGAAGUACAGUACAGUACAGGCCACAAAAUAUGCAUCAAGCUUUGCAAGACGUCCCCCAAUUUUCUGCAGAAAGUCUGUCAAUCUUCCACAGGGCUUGUAGACAGUUUGACAGUGGAUCAAUUUGACUGUACAACCAACAAGUUGAGAUGUAUGGAAAGUAGAUGUUCCAGAUUCUUAGUGUCUAAAAGUAAUUAAGACAUAUCUAAUCUUGAAAGUUGCCUUGGAAAAUAUGCCACCUAUAGUUGAGUGAGUGAAUUUUCACACUAACUUUCUCACUGGGCAAAAAGACAAUGAAAAAGAAAAUGACAGAACGCCAUUGUCUGAUGCCUAAGUGUUGACGACUGCUUUCUUGUUUCUCAGUGCAGCCUUUUGUCUUGCCUUUGAGUUUGACAAUAUUUAUCCUGACAGUCACACUGCAAGUAGGUUUUUGUCGCAAUUUCUCUGGCUGAGUAAUAUAUAGCAGUAACAAGACAAUUAACCAGACUGAACUAUUGCAAGUCUACUGGAAUGCAAAGGACAAUGCAAAGGGCAUUUGAAUAAAACUGUUUUUGUAAGUGGAAAUGAUAAUGUUAGCAAUAUGUGAACAAAUUAUCUGCAUUCAUAAUCAUUCAUACUAAAUUAUGUUGAUAGCGUCGUAUUUGUUUCAAAAUACAAGCACAGCUAUGUUGAGUUAGGAUUUGACUGUGUUGUAUCAUAAUAUGUGAUGUUUCCUUUUAAUUUAAAGUUGAUUUGUGGUUUAUCUUAAAGAUACAUUGUAUCAGUAUAAAGAAGAGUUGACUCAUUCCUUAACUACACUGACAUCUUUAGCACUGCAGUCGUCCCUCAGUAAGACAUCUGGGGUCUCAUUGUUACUGUUUAGAGCUGUUAUUCAGUCUGGCACACAAUACAUAGUAUCUGUGUUUUGUGAAUGUAUUUUCAUAGUUUUCUUUUAGAGUCAUGCAAAAAUAGUCUCAUUUUGUGACAUAGUUAAGACUCAAACGUUACUCCUUGGUUCUGACAUUUCAUUGGUCAGAUGUUUCAGACAACAUCUAGUGUUUUUUUGUCAGUGACACUGAUGAAAGAUAGUUGAUGCUGUAUGAAAUGUCUGACCAUUUCUAAAAUCAUAUCCAGUUGCUUGAGUAACUGCCUUUUGGCAUAUCUUAUUACCUGGAUGUCUAACCUACAUCAACAUGGUUCGGUACAACUUUCAACUACUUGACUAGUAAGCCCUAGCCCAACUCAUUAUGAAUUGUUGCUCUGUAAAGCAAGAGUUUUAUGUGGACAGUUUUUGUCACAAGAGGUUGUAAGUUAUACUUGUUGUAACUUUCACAAUGAUGUCGGCAAAGAUUUCGUCUGUAUAUCAUUGAGACAUUUUUACCAACUUUGUGAACAAAAUCCUUAACAUGCAAUAAUAUGUUAACUAUGGCAUGAAGAUACUGAAAAGCCAACACAUCUUUUCAAGGCUUGUCAGGAUAUUUAAUAGGAUUGUACCUUGUUGAUAUUUAAUAGGUUCCCUAUGGGCUAUUGUACAAUUUGUUACUUUUGUAAAAAAAAAUAACAUAACUGCAAAUACAUAAACAGUAAAACCCAGCUUAGCCAAUGCUCUUGCUAGAAAUAUGUGUCUGUACAUGUACGUAUGCAAUGCAUAUGCAAAAACAAUACCAAUAUUUCGUAAAAAUAGCACAUACAUUUUCUUUGCUAGCAAGAUUUGGGAACUGAUGCUAAUAGCCAACACAGAUUUAUAGAACCAUGCCCUUGUCAGAAAUGUGGCAUAAUUUUGAUAAUCUUUUGAGUUUCAAGCAUAUUAACCUUAGCAUUGGAAUGCGCAGUAGAUUGGAAACUGUACGGAGUCCUUGCAAGUUUAAGGUUAUUUAUUGUAGAGAAACUACUGAACUUGCGUUCUGUAAGACUUGCAGAUUUCUAUCUAGUAUUAUGUUAAAAGGUUAUAAUGCAGCACCAAAUGUGAGGAAUUUUUGUUUCACUUUGGUUCCUGUAUGUAAAAGGGCUGUUUCUGAGAACCAAAGCCCUGUGCGUUGUCUAAUAAAUUGUAUCUGCUUUGUUAUACACGUAGA